CUACUUAUUAAUAAAUUAAUAAUUUAGUUAAUUUUAAAAAGUUAUUAUGGCUUCAGAAGCUGUUAAAGUGAUAGUCCGGUGUCGGCCUAUGAAUCAAAGAGAAAAGGAUCUGAAAUGCAAAAUUAUAUUGGAUAUCGACCAGUCCUGUGGUCAAUGCUCUAUAACCAACCCAAAUGACACAACAAGUGCUCCCAAAACAUUUUCAUAUGACGGCGCCUACUUUACUGACUCAUCCACUGAACAAAUCUAUAAUGAAAUUGCAUUUCCUUUGGUUGAGAGUGUUACUGAAGGAUAUAAUGGGACAGUAUUUGCAUACGGACAGACCGGCUGCGGAAAGUCAUUCACAAUGCAAGGCAUCACCUCUCCAGCCUCUCAAAGAGGCAUUAUUCCCAGAGCUUUUGAGCACAUAUUUGAAGCGAUAGCGACCGCAGAAAACACAAAAUUUCUGGUCUUUGCCUCUUAUCUGGAGAUAUAUAAUGAAGAAAUCCGAGAUCUGUUGGGAAAAGACACCAAAAAGAAACUCGAACUCAAAGAGCAUAACGACACAGGAGUUUAUGUGACAAACCUAUCGAUGCAUACCGUCCACGACGUUAAGAGUUGUGAACAGAUUAUGGAGAGGGGGUGGAAGAACAGGUCAGUUGGAGCCACACUCAUGAAUGCCGACUCUUCGCGCAGUCAUUCAAUAUUCACGAUAUAUUUGGAGCGAAUGGAGACUGAAAUAAGUGAUGAAAAUAAUGACAACAAUAUAAGGAAAGGGAAAUUAAAUUUAGUUGAUUUGGCGGGAAGUGAGCGCCAAACCAAGACCGGCGCUACUGGGGAUCGGCUCAAAGAGGCCACAAAAAUCAAUUUAUCGCUCUCGGCGUUGGGGAACGUCAUAUCAGCGCUGGUCGACGGCAAAAGCAAACACAUCCCAUACAGGGAUUCAAAGUUAACUCGACUCCUUCAGGACAGUCUGGGCGGUAACACCAAGACAUUGAUGGUGGCCUGCCUUUCACCCGCUGAUAACAACUAUGACGAGACACUGAGUACAUUGAGGUACUCGAAUCGGGCAAAAAACAUCCAAAACAAGCCCAAAAUCAAUGAGGAUCCCAAAGAUGCCCUCCUCAGGGAAUACCAACAGGAGAUCAUUCGCCUCAAAAGCCUUAUGUCCGGUCAAGUGGUCGCAGAAAACUCUUCGAUUCCUAACAAAGAUAUCGAGAAAAUAAAAGAAGAAUAUGAACUCAAAAUGAAAGACAUGGCCGCGAAAUAUAGGGAAGAAAUGGAAAGCAAUGCCAAACUGAAAGAAGACAUGAAUAAAAUGAAGUCUAAUUUUGAAAAGCUUUCGACUACUGAUGUGAAAGACGGUCCAUCGAGUGUAGCACUGGAUCACAAUCAUAACGAUGACAUCGGCAGCGCAAACAUCAUUGAAAUGCAAGCGCAGGCUAUGGAAAGACUUCAGGCUCUUGAAGGACAGAUGGUUGGCGGAGAAAAGGCUAACGAUAUUGAGUUCAAAGAAAAAAGGGAUAAACGCAAGAAAAUCGCAGAAAAGAAAAUAAACGCCAUUUCAGAGGCGUUGGCGAAACAAGUGCAACAAAUCAAACUUCUGUCACAAAUUCUGGAGAAAGUGGAGCCGUGUUUGCGAAGAGAUUGCAAUUAUGCGAACAUCGAUAGAAUCAAAAUGGAGAGCGUAUGGGAUGAAGACCUUCAAAAGUGGCGAUUGCCUGAUCUGGUAGUCUCUCAGACAAAACUGCCGCCUCCUCCUGGAGGUAUGCAACCUGGGGGUCGAGAACCAGCCCUAUCGAACCAGUAUCGGCCCCAUUCAGACAAUGUGACACUCAAUGGGACGACUAAUGAUAGUGAGAUGUUUGGUUCAUCAGCCAAUUCACCGGAAGACCGACUGUUCCAGAAGUUGGAAAAGGCUGCUCAGGAGGAUAUGGUCACCAAAUACUUUCGGCCCAAGAGAAGGGAUCAAUUACUAAGUAAAGUGAAGUUAAACAAGAAUAAAGACUCCAAUCAUUCGAUUCCAAUCGUUGACAACCUUUCUGUUAAGACUCAUAUCAUUGAAAGGAUAGUCAGUCCGGAUGCUAACUCUCGACACAUAUACAGCAAAUCAGUGCCUUUGACCGCUAAUUACAAGACCAAUGACUCUACUCUUUCGCCCAACAAUGGAUCCCUCAGUGCCGGUGAAAGUCCUCGCAAACAAUUUCCUCAUAGACUCGAUAGACUCGACAUAAUGCCUCAUUUAAAUAUAGGUGAUUAUCAUAUGUAUGGAAGUGUCGCUGAAAUCUUGUGCGAGAGAACCCAAAGUGAUUGCGAUCCAAAUUCAUUACCAUUUUUGUGGGAAAUCAAGAGAAAUCUGUCGUCUCUCUCAUCCCCGUCUCCGUCGAGUCAGUCAUACUUUUUCGGUACAAUACAUGUGCCGUAUUCUCGUGUGUGGGACUCGAUUCCCUCACGAGUGAAGAAGGCCUUCCAGAACAGUGACAACAUAUUCUUCGAGUUAGAUCUCAUCGAUGGCUAUACGGUGUCCACUCUUUCCAAAUGUCAAAUGCUUCCCAAAGGAGACAAACUCAUAGAUAUUUUACCGCCAGAUCUCUACCGGAGAUUAAAGAGUCAUUUGGAUUACGUAAGGCAUAAGUUGCCGACUUGGAUGACCCCCGACCAGAGGGCGCGUGGACUUUACGCCGAGUACUUGUAUAACGCCAUCACAAACAAUUGGGAGCAUAAGAAACCAGUUUGGGUUAUGUUAAUGAUUAACUCUCUCACCGAAAAUGAUAUCAAAUCCCGAGGUAUUCCUGUGUUGGACCUCUUUCUGGCACAGGAAGCCCAACGACUUAACAAACGCAUCGGAUCUGUCGAAAAAGUGGAAGAGCAAUGCAUUCCUCUCAAUGGACUCAACUAUUCUCAAGUGAUGUUUGCAUUGAACCAAACCCUAUACCAACACGAAGGCAUACGACUCGGCAUUUUGCGCUCAAAACUCACUACCGAUGACCUCAUCAAGCAUUACAAUUGUGGUAAUCUUAAUGAACUCAUUUUCAACUACGACACCACUCAUGUUCCUAAUAUAAUGAAUGAUAAGAACUAUGCGCUCUUCCGAAACUCCGAGGACUUAGAGUUAGCCAAACAUAUCGAUGAAUAUUUCAGAUCUGAAGUCAUUGUGAAGAGAAACAAAAGGAUGAGUGAAAGGGUUCUCAAUAUAUUGCAGACGAAUCCAAAUGAAAGUUUCUUCUUUGCAUUCGGCGCCGGUCACUUUUUAGGCAAUGACUCGAUUCUAGAUUUCAUGCAAGAAAGUGGUUUUAAAAUCAGUAGAGUCUCGGACUCCAGGAGAAAGAAAAAGAGACGAAAUCAUAAGCGAAAGAAUCACAAAAGAGAUAAAAAUCGCCAUUCAUUAAGAAAUUUAUCUCAAAUCUGA